UUCUAAUCUUAUUCUUGAUAUUCGCCGGAAGUUGACAUUCGGACAAGUUUGUUUACGCAUGUUUUGGAACUGUCAUUUUAUGCAUUUUCAUUUUUCACACAGAGAUGUCAUCUCGUGGCCGUCAGCCUGCUGACGACUUCAACCUGAGUCUUACAGGCUCAGGGAUACACUCAGCAGCGUCAACCAGUAGGAGCAGACCUGGAUCAGCCAAACAACUAAAGAGGCCAAAUUCUAUGACAGAUGUUUCAAAAGAGAGUAAAACACAGUCUGCAAGAAAAAAGUCAGGCCAGGCUGAAGGUGGUGGUUUUAGUCACAGGAGUGGCUACUCUGAUAUAUCGUCAGUAAGCACCAGUAAACGUGGGGCUGCAGCUAGAAAGGGAAAAUCUCCUAGUGACGAUUUUCUUGCAUUAUUUGAAAACUCAACACAGCCUAAAAUCAAGAGUGGAACUAGCAGUAGAAAACCAGCAGGAAAAGUGUUGUGGGGAGAACAAGGGAACCAGGCUUUGAAAAGUAGAUUUGUUGCAAAACCAGUGAAUUCAAAGAAAACUGAUGCAGUUUCUCCCAAACUGGAUGGUGAUGAGGAGGAGUGGCUUACAAACGAAUCAAACACACAUUCAAUAUUCCAACAGAAAAGUGCCAGAAGUAGUUCCGACGAGGAAGUGUUUAGUUUUCAAGAUAGACUAUCUCAAUCUCUGUCUCAGAAACAGGACUAUACAAAUAUGGGAGAUAAAUCUGACCGGAGAAUGAGUCCUAGAAAUGUAAACAAUAAUCAUUCUCGAAACUCUAGUCAGAGUGCUAUAGCAAAUAACAUGACGCUUCAAGGUAUGUCGAAAGGCGUGAAAGUCGGUUUAUCAGAUCUAGAAAAUUCUUACCAAAAUAUUAAACAUAAAACACCUGUUAAUCAGACUCGGAAAUCUCAAAGUGGGUCAAACACUGGUGCUAAUUCAUCUAAUUCAAUUGUUGAGGACCAUAUAAAAAAAGUGAAUUUCGCAGCAACGAAAAUUCAGCGUUGGUACAAAAGACAUAGUGCUCGAAGAAAGGCCGGUCAAGCGGCAAUACAGAGACUGUUGCAUUCAAAGAAGCAGGUGUUCGAAGAGCAAAGACUACGAGAGUCACAAAAUGAUUUUUUCGCAAAAGAAAUGGAGGAAAAAAAACUUGAGGAGAGGAAAAGAAAUCGUGAGGAAAAGGCUAAAAUAGCAAGACAAGAAGCUAUUAGAGAGUUACAGAGAAAGAGAGAAGAGAAAAGAGAUGAAGUUAAACAGAAAGCUGAACAAGAAAUUGCUUUUCUUCAAGCAAAUGGAAAAAUCAAGAAAACUGGACUUGGAAAGAAGAAAGGUGGCAGUAAACCACCAUCAAAGAAAGCCACUGGUGAUAAGGACACCAAUAUUAAUACGCAUGAUGAAAGUAGUCCGGAAAGGGAUCACAAGGAAAGUAACAAUGACAGAAUACAGGAUGACAGUAUGGAGGAAUAUUACCAGAGCCAUCUUAGAGAUAUAGAGUCUCGGCAAGCAACUGCUCGAGAAAAUGAUGGUGCUAGCAAUGUGACAGCCAGUGAGGCCGCUACCAAGACAACCCUGGAUGAUUUGUUUGAAACCCUGAAGAAGCUGGAGGAGGAAGAACAACUUGCCAGUGCCAGACCAGAGAGGAAAAAUGCCUGGUUGGAUGACCUUGAGAAAGGUGACAGUGAUAUUGAUAGUCAUAGUUUAAAUGCUGAAAACCUGCAGAGAUUUAACAGUCAGAAAGUGGGGAUACCAACCAAGGAGAGCCUGCUGUCUGAUGAUAAGAUGAAGAGCAUCAUGUCCUUCCUUGAUGAGGUUCAAGUCUCAGAGAGGCUCAGUACUGUGGACCAGGAGAUUUCAAAGCUCAAUGCUGAUCUAGAGAGAUCUGGUGCGAUAGGUCCAAGUGCUGAGGAGCUGGCUGAGUUAGACCAUGCUAAUGAAAUGGCUUCAGAGGUCACUAACACUGUGAUCAGCCAGAGGCUUGAACUUGAUGAGAAAAAAAGAACAGUUUCCAUGUUACAAAAAGCCCUGAACCAGCAACGUGAAUUGACUAUAAGACAUGCCAGGGAGACAGAUAAGGAAAUGAAAAAACGUAUGGAGUUACAGAAAGAUGAAUAUGAAGAAACCAUUAAAAGACAUCUCUCAUUUAUAGAUCAGUUAAUUGAUGAUAAGAAGAACUUGAGUGAGAAAUGUGAAAAUCUUGUGAAGGAGUUAAAACAGAUUGACAAGAAAUACCAAGAUCGACUAAAGGCCAUCACUGACAAACACAAUAUUGACAUGCAAAAAUUAAAAGACAUGCAUGAAGCUGCUGAGAAACUUCGCAGAGAAAAAUGGAUUGAGGAAAAAACAAAGAAAAUCAAGGAAAUGACUGUUAAAGGUCUAGAACCUGAGAUACAACGCUUGAUUGCUAAACAUAAAUCAGAGUUAAAGAAAAUCAAGCAGAUCCAUGAGGCAGAGCUACUGGAAUCGGAUGAGAGGGCAGCACAGAAAUACGUCCGGAUGACGGAGGAGUUACGAGAUCAACUAGCUAGUGAGAAAGAGGCGGCUUGUGCCAGAGAGAGGGAACUAGCUAAACAAAGGUACGAGAAGCAGAUACAGUCGGAAGAAGAGGCUUAUCAGGCCCAGCGUCGUCGUCUGCUGACAGAGAUCCAGGAGGAGAAAGACCGUCUGGCGGGACAGGCGUCUCGUCAGAGAGCUGACCUAGAUAAGUUACAACAACAACUCCAGGAUAAACAUUCGUACGCUCUAGAUGCAAUGAAAACAGAGUUUGAUAGAGCCAGAGAGGAGCAAGAAAAUAGGCAUGCUACUGAAAUUCGAGAAUUAAAAGAGCGUAUGGAGAUUGAGAAGCAGACUUGGGAAGAGAAUUACCGCAAAAAACAAGAGAACUAUCUGAUGCAGAAAGAGAGGGAGCUGAAAGAUGGGGUGAAGAAAGAUAGAAACAAGGAGAUAGAGCUUGUAAUACGACAACUGGAGGAAGAUGCUACGUCACAAAGGGAAGAUUGUGAGAGAGUGGCCGAAAAUAGAAUCAAGAGAAUUAGAGAGAAAUAUGAGUCAGAGAUGAGAGAAGUUGAGAGAUCAGAGAAACAGGCGAUGGAUAGAUACAAUGAGAUGAAGGCACGUCUUACAGAAGUAGAUGGUGAAAAUGAAUGUUUUAAAGUACAGAUGAAACAGAAAGAUCAGGAAAUAAAAGAAUUACAGAAGUUGACAGACAAGAUGCACAAGGAACGUGAUAGAGUAUCGGACAUUAUUCGUCAGGAGUUCGCCGACCGACUCGUGUUUACGGACGAGGAAAAUAAGCGUAUCAAGACGGAGAUCUCCGAACUGAAGGCUCGUCAGAGGAUAGAACUUGACAAGGCAAAAGAUGAAAUUGAAAAUAUCAAACAUCAAAAAGAUGAGGAAAUGGAGGAAGUUCAUAAACGGGUAAAGCAAGCAAUAGUUAAGAAAGAGGAGGUUGUUACUCAGUUAAAACAACAAUAUCAAGCUGCAUUAAAACGUGCUGAUCAUCUAGAAGGACUUUUACAACAACAACGUAAACAGUUGCUAGGUAACAAAUAAAGAUCUCGAUAAACUCUAUAAUCUCUCGAUAUAACAGUGAUACUGCUACCAGCGUCAUACUUCGAGUGCCAUUAGAAACUGUUAUGACUGUCUCAAUGAUGUGAACUGCCGAGUAAUGGUUGAAGAGAAGAUAAAGAUCUCAGUGAGGAAACCAUUAACCCUGGUUGCAAGCCCUCUGUCAGAAAAUAAUACACAAACACAAGAAAAAAAUUCUUUUGAUCAAAAUAAUUCUACAUUUGGUGCAUUUUUUACUGGUGUAAAGUUAAAACUGUGGACAUUAAAGCUGAAUGAUAUGUGACUGGACUGAAAUACACACAAAUGCAGGGUCAAAUCAAAUUUUGACAAGUAGUCUUGGUAAAACCACCGAUGAACAAGAUACAGGAAAUAGACACAUAAUGUUUAAUAUUUCCCUGUUGUUCU